AUGUGCUCUAAUCAGGAGUUUGAUUCGCCUUCCACAGGCAUGUUUAUGGGGAAUCUCUAACGAUUGUCGCGAGAAGUCCUUUUAACUUUUCGAUGUAAUGUAUGCGUGGUGCAACGUUUCCUCCGCACUUCUCGCGCGCCGCUUUCCACCGCUUAAACAAAAAGGCCUCGUCUCUCUCUCCGAAUCGGCCAUCCAAAAGCCUUUCCCCCUAGCCGCUCCAAACCCUAGAUAUCUGACGCUCUUGCAAAGCCCUAACCCCUAUCGUUUUCGUAAUCCAGGGACUCAGAUCCAUCAAGGAUUUCUCCUUCUCAAAUUUGGUGUUCCCAGCAUCAUGUCGACAGAAUCGGCCUCGACAUCGAAUUCGAAUCCCUCGGCGUCGUCCCAGUACGCCUAUCCGGCGUCUUCCUACUUCCCUCUCCCGUUCCACCCCCCCCAGAUCCCUCCGCCGGUCAACAUGUCGCCGGUGACGGUGUCCUUCCCGCCAGCAUACCCUGCCGCGGCUCCGGUAGUCUCUGGGGUCUAUUCGCUCCCUCAGUACCAGCAGGCACAACAACUUUUCCAGCGGGAUGCUCAAACUAUUACACCAGAGGCUCUAGAAAGUGUGAAAGCUGCACUUGCAAGCAGCGAAGUCGAGCAUAAAGCUGAAACAAAAAAGAGAGCAAUACCUCGUAAAGCAGCUGGUCAAAGCUGGGAGGAUCCAACAUUGGCAGAAUGGCCAGAGAAUGAUUUUCGUUUAUUUUGUGGAGAUCUGGGCAAUGAAGUCAAUGAUGACGUUCUUUCAAAAGCAUUUUCAAGGUUUCCCUCCUUCAACAUGGCAAGAGUAGUGAGAGACAAGAGGUCUGGAAAAACAAGAGGUUAUGGAUUUGUUAGUUUUGCAAACCCUUCAGACCUUGCAGCAGCAUUGAAAGAGAUGAAUGGCAAAUAUGUUGGAAAUCGACCUAUUAAAUUGCGUAAGAGCAAUUGGAAAGAGAGGACAGAUGCCGAGGCUUUGGAAAGGCAAAAGAAUCACAUUCAGAAGAAGCCCAAACUGCCAAAGAAAAGUAUCCUGCACAAAUGAAGCUUCAAGGUUCCUGCCAAAUGAUUACUCAGUAACCAGUGUGCGAUGAAAUUUUUGGAGCGGAGCAUUACAGACUGAAUUAGUUUCAGACAGGUGCAUGAUGGACAGUCUGUGUGCUAUAGUUUCAUUUUGGCAUUAAGAAGCAAAAGGACCAUUACUGGUCUGAUGGUAUUUCUUAAUUGGAGGUAGAGCUGAAAGCUAUCAUUCUCUUUUCUGAGGUAUGACCUCUUUUUCAAGUCAGAGUCCAAGUUGUACCAUUGUUCACAAGGAAUAUCCAUCUCUAGGCCUCUCUAAUGUUUGUGAAGAUUUUUUUUUUAAUAGAAUGGUGACUUGCAUUUCAUGCA